UGUGGUUUCCGCUCCUAUUGGAGCCGCUCAGUUUAUAUGUCUUAUCCGCAUUCGCCCGGAGAGGUUGUUUGUUUGCGUGAAGCUCGCAGGUAGAGAAGGAGAAGGAGCCGAACAAGGAAAGGAGAGAAGUAGGCUAGGAGAGGAGGCAGCACAAGAGGAAGCCGCACAUUUGGCGUCGUGGGGAGCCGCGUCCUCUUCCUCCUUCCUCCUGACCUGAAAGAAGAUCAGUGAAUCUCAGGAUGCAGGUGGCGGUGCUGCUGCUGUUGGUGGCGGCGCUCUGCUCGGCCACCUUGGCCCUCGACAAUGGCGAGAUGAGGGUCCCUCCCAUGGGCUGGUUGGCGUGGGAACGAUUCCGCUGCGACCUCGACUGCGAACACGACCCCAAGAACUGCAUCAGUGAGAACCUGUUCAUCGACAUGGCUGACCGACUGGCCGAGGACGGCUGGAGGGAACUCGGCUACGUCUACGUGAACAUAGACGACUGCUGGUCCUCGAUGAAGAGGGACGAGAAGGGGCGGCUGCAGGCCGACCCUAAGCGGUUCCCACGGGGCAUCAAGGAACUGGCGCGCUACAUGCACGCCAGGGGCCUCAAGCUGGGCCUGUACGGGGACAUGGGCACGCACACCUGCGGGGGGUACCCCGGCACCACGCUGGACAACAUCGACCUGGACGCUCAGACCUUCGCCGACUGGGAGGUGGACAUGUUCAAAUUUGACGGCUGUUACUCUAACGCCACGGAGCAGGAGCAGGGUUACCCUCUGAUGUCGAAGGCUUUGAACGCUACGGGCCGUCCUAUUGGCUACUCCUGCAGUUGGCCUGCCUAUCAGGGCGGCCUGCCCCCCAAGGUAAACUACACUGAGUUGGGUCAGAUCUGCAACCUGUGGCGUAACUAUGGCGACAUCCAGGACUCUUGGGACAGCGUCCUGAACAUCAUUAACUGGUUCUUUGAGAACCAGGACGUCCUGGCUCCUGCAGCUGGACCCGGGAAGUGGAACGACCCAGAUAUGCUGAUUGUCGGCGACUUUGGCCUCAGCAUGGACCAGUCUCGGGCUCAGAUGGCACUGUGGGCGAUCAUGGCCGCUCCUCUGUUCAUGUCCAAUGACCUGCGCACCAUCAGCAGCGGCGCCCGCACCAUCCUUCAGAACAAAAUGGCCAUCAUCAUCAACCAGGACCCCAUGGGCGUCCAGGGCAGGCGCCUCGUAAAGGAGAAGAUUGGCAUCGACGUGUUCUGGCGCCCCCUCUCCAAAAACGCAAGCGCUUUGGUAUUCUUCAGCCGUCGCACCGACAUGCCCUACCGCUACCAGACCAGCCUCAGCAAACUCAACUACACCGCCGGCAGCUACGAGAUCUACGACGUCUUCACCGGGAAGAGCAUGGCGCUGAAAGACUCCGCUCCCUUCGUGGUGUCCGUCAACCCCACCGGCGUGGUCAUGUGGCACGUGUCCGCGCCCGCCAAAUGGAACCCUCGCCACUUCUACAAAGGCGGCAGACGGCAGGGACCCGCGUUCGACGGCGGCGAGGAAAACGCCGUUCCGCCGGUUUUCCUCUGAUCGAUCUUCAUCGCAUGAUAAUCACGCCCGAGCUUCCGCCCCGAUGCGCUCAGUUAACUCUAAGUGCUACAUUUUAAAAGGCUCUUUCCCUCCGAAGUCAGUGACGGGAAGCCAGUCGGCUUCAAAUUCUUCUUGUGAUUCAUCUCGCAAAUUUGAUACUUUACCUCUUUUAAAGUUACAAACAUUUGGGACUCGCUUCAAGAGUUACUCUGCUUCACACUUUCUCCACUUUCAUAAAGGAGUUUUUUUUAGCCCGUCCCGAUGUGGGUGUUGUGUUCCUCAGGACCGUGGAUGCAGACGUGUGCAUCAGAAACGUUUUUUAAAAUUUUUAAAACAAUAAUUCUGUGAAUUACGCAAUUUUCACUUUGUGUAAAUAAAUGGGUCGGUUCCUCAUUUGGAAAA